GAUCGUGUGCGAAAGGAAGUCGAUUCUGUUAUGCAAGAGAAUCAAGGGAAACUCACCAUGAAAUCGUUGCAAAAUUUACCAUAUUUAGAGAGAUGUAUAAAAGAGUCGUUACGCUUAUAUCCCAGCGUUUAUUAUAUAUCACGAAUUAUUUUGGAAGAUGUAAAAUUAAAAUCAUAUUUAUUACCUGCUCGGACAAAUAUACAUCUUAAUAUCUACGGAGUUCACAGAGAUCCCAAUUUUUGGCCAAAUCCAGAGAUAUUUGAUCCAGAUCGA